UUUGUUUGAUUGAAGAAAAUGUUGACAAAAUUUGAGACGAAUAGUAUCAGAGUGAAGGGACUGAGUUUCCACAGCAAGCGGCCAUGGAUCCUGGCGAGUCUUCAAAGCGGCGUGAUCCAGCUAUGGGACUAUCGAAUGGGAACUCUGAUAGACAGGUUUGACGAACAUGUUGGGCCCGUUCGUGGCGUUCAUUUCCACAAAUCUCAACCACUUUUUGUGUCUGGAGGAGGUGAUUACAAGAUCAAAGUUUGGAACUAUAAGUUGCAUCAGUGCCUAUUUACACUUCUUGGACACCUUGAUUACAUUCGCACUGUGCAGUUUCAUCACGAGUAUCCAUGGAUUGUGAGUGCCAGUGAUGAUCAGACUAUUCGCAUAUGGAACUGGCAGUCUCGCACUUGCAUUUCUGUAUUGACGGGCCACAAUCACUAUGUUAUGUGUGCCUCAUUCCACCCCAAAGAAGACCUUGUUGUAUCAGCCUCUCUAGAUCAUACUGUACGUGUUUGGGAUAUUGGUGCCCUGAAAAAGAAGACUGUCUUCCCUGCAGAUGACAUCCUACGGUUGAGUCAGAAAAACACAGAUCCGUUUGGCAGUGUGGACGCUGUUGUUAAGUAUGUCUUGGAAGGUCAUGAACGGGGAGUCAACUGGGCUGCUUUCCAUCCUACUCUGCCUUUGAUUGUCUCAGGUGCAGAUGACCACCAAGUGAAGUUGUGGUGCAUGAACGACACAAAGGCUUGGGAAGUGGGCACCUUGAGUGGGCACAUGAAUAAUGUUUCAUGUGUUCUGUUCCAUGCCAAACAGGAUAUCAUUGUUUCCAAUUCAGAGGACAGAAGCAUCCGCGUGUGGGAUGUCACUAAGCGAACUGGUGUUCAGACUUUCCGAUGGAAGCAUGACCAAUUUUGGAUUCUUUCAUGUCACCCUGAGAUGAAUCUCCUAGCUGCUGGACAUGACAGCGGAAUGAUUGUUUUUAAGUUAGAGAGAGAGAGACAUGCCUUUGCAGUAAGUGGUGAUUCUUUGCUCUAUGCCAAAGACCGGUUUCUGAGAUUCUUUGAGUUUUCAACUCAAAAGGACACACAAGUUAUUCCAAUCAGACAGCCUGGGUCAUUCAGCUUGAACCAGAGCCCAAGGACCCUUUCUUAUAGUCCUACUGAAAAUGCUGUCCUUCUCUGCUCAGAUGUGGAUGGUGGAUCCUAUGAGUUAUAUAUCAUCCCUAGCAGCAACGUUGGUAGGGGUGAUAACAUGCAAGAGGCAAAAAGAGGUAUCGGGGGAUCAGCUGUAUUUAUUGCUCGGAAUAGGUUUGCGGUGCUUGACAAAAUUGGCAACAAAGUUAUAGUGAAGAACCUGAAAAAUGAGGCUGUUAAAAAUGUUGAACUCAAAUUUCAUGCAGAUGCAAUAUUCUAUGCUGGUACAGGUAACAUGUUGUGUAGGGCAGUGGAUAGGGUGCAAAUUUUUGAUCUCCAGCAGAGUGCAGUUCUUGGUGAACUUCACACACCUUUUAUCAAGUAUGUUGUUUGGUCUAAUGAUAUGGAGAGUGUUGCCUUGCUCAGCAAACAUGCCAUCAUCAUUGCUAGCAAGAAGCUUGUACAUCAAUGCACUCUUCAAGAGACAAUUCGUGUAAAAAGUGGUGCAUGGGAUGAUAAGGGUGUUUUCAUUUAUACAACUCUUAAUCACGUUAAAUACUGUCUCCCAAAUGGAGAUAGUGGGAUAAUCAGAACCCUCGAUGUCCCAAUAUACAUCACAAAGGUUUCUGGAAACACCCUCUUUUGCUUGGAUCGCGAUGGGAAGAAUAGGUCAAUAGUUAUUGAUGCAACUGAAUAUAUGUACAAGCUGUCUCUGUUGUGGCAGAGGUAUGAUCAUGUUGUGAGCAUGAUUAGGAACUCACGGGUUCGUGGGCAGGCAAUGAUUGCUUAUCUGCAACAGAAGGGAUUUCCUGAAGUAGCUCUCCAUUUUGUUAAGGAUGACAAAACUCGUUUCAAUUUGGCACUGGAGAGUGGAAACAUUCAAAUUGCUGUUGCAUCAGCUAAGGAGAUUGAUGAGAAAGAUCACUGGUAUAAAUUGGGGGUGGAAGCACUUCGCCAAGGCAAUGCAGGUAUUGUGGAGUAUGCCUAUCAGAGGACGAAGAGUUUUGAGAGAUUGUCUUUCCUUUAUCUCAUAACUGGUAAUAUGGAGAAGUUGUCGAAGAUGCUGAAAAACGCAAAAGUGAAGAAUGAUGUCAUGGGUCGGUUUCAUAACACCCUAUAUCUGGGUGAUGUCCAGGAACGUGUCAAGAUCUUGGAGAAUGUGGGCCACUUACCUCUUGCUUAUAUCACCGCUAAAACCCAUGGUCUACAAGAUACAGCUGAGCGAUUAGCCGCUGAGUUGGGAGAUAAUAUUCCAUCUCUACCAAAGGGUAAGGUACCCUCCCUUUUGAUGCCCCUGACUCCAAUAAUGUGUGCUGGUGAUUGGCCUCUUCUGGGAAUCAUGAAAGGCAUCUUUAAAGGUGGGCUGGAUAAUGUUGGCAGGGGUGCUGCAAAGUGUAAAUUAAAUAUGCGCUGGAGCGACCAGCUCGGCAAGACUAGACUUCCUACAGGUGCAGCAAGGCAAGCACAAAUGACAUUCUUGGACUCCUGGCCACCCGUUAUUCCACCUCGGCAGAAUCAAUGGCCCCAUUUUAGGUUCAGGAAUCGGGAGACCUUGCAUGAGGAGUUGAAUAGGCUGCCCGAGCAUAGAGGGACUAUGGAGUAUGCUUGUAUGCAUGUCGAGGACUUCGGUCCAGCCUAUCUUCGUGGAUAUGGCUGGAGAGGAGAGAUCGAAGAAGAGCCGGCAAUGUGGGAUGAUAACGAAGAAGAGGGAUGCAGGGAACGUGAAGAUUUGGAACUUCCCCCUGAGACAGACACACCUAAGGCUUCCACCAAUGCUCGUUCUUCUGUGUUUGUGGCACCAACUUCUGGCAUGCCUCUUAGCCAUAUUUGGAUCAAGAGAUCUUCACUCGCUGCUGAACAUGCUUCAGCUGGCAAUUUUGACACUGCAAUGCGGCUGCUCAGCAUGCAACUUGGAAUAAGAAACUUUGGUCCAUUGAAAUCCAUGUUUCUUGAUCUUCACGCUGGCAGCCAUUCCUAUGUACGUGCUUUUCCAUUAGCUCCUGUUACAUCACUCGCAAUUGGACGAGGAUGGAAUGAGUCAGCUAUCCCUAAUGUGAGGGUGCCACCAGCACUUGUGUUCAAUCUCUCUCAGUUGGAGGAGAAACUUCAGAUGGGCUAUAAGGCAACUACUUCUGGGAAAUUCAAUGAGGCUCUUCAUGUCUUCAUUAGCAUUCUUCAUACCAUUCCUCUGAUUGUUGUUGAGUCGAGGAGGGAAGUGGAUGAAGUCAGGGAGCUGAUUAUUACAGUCAAAGAAUAUGUUCUGGGUUUGAAAAUGGAACUAAAGAGGAGGGAAUUAAAAGAUAAUCCAGUACGUCAGCAGGAACUUGCAGCCUAUUUCACCCAUUGCAACCUGCAGUGGCCUCACUUACGCCUUGCUUUGCUAAAUGCAAUGACUCUGUGCUUCAAGGCAAAGAACCUCGCCACUGCUGCUAAUUUUGCCCAGCGGCUACUAGAGACAAACCCCCCAAAUGAGACCCAAGCAAAGACAGCAAGGCAAGUGCUGCAAGCUGCUGAGAGAGAGAUGAACGAUGCAUAUGAGCUCAAUUACGAUUUUAGAAACCCAUUUGUGACUUGUGGAGCGACUUAUGUGCCAAUUUACAGUGGACAGAAUGAUGUUUCCUGCCCUUAUUGUAGUUCUCGGUUUGUGCUGAGCCAGGAAGGGCAGCUAUGCAGUGUUUGUGAUCUUUCAGUUGUUGGGGCAAAUGCUUCAGGAUUGCUCUGCUCUCCUUCCCAGAUACUAUUGUUCAAGGUCGUAACUUGAGCUUCUGCGGCUUAUGCGAAACUGAACUUUCUUCAAAAAUUUUAUUUCUAUGUAGCUAUUUUUCUUUUUACAAUUUCAUUAAAAUGUUCGAUCAUAGAAUAAACGACACAUGAAUGAGGCCACUUGUUAGUUG